UGCAAAGACGUCAUGACAGUGAACACGUCAUCGCUCUGUUUCAGAAACAAGGCCAUUUUGGCUCCUAUGGUACGGGUUGGAACCCUCCCAAUGCGACUGCUGACUUUGGAUUACGGUGCUGAUAUUGUGUACUGUGAGGAGCUAAUUGACCUCAAGAUGCUUCAGUGCAAGAGAAUUGUAAAUGAGGUGCUUGGAACAGUAGACUUUGUGACUCCUAAUGAACGAGUCGUGUUCCGGACCUGUGAAAGGGAAAAAGACUCCGUUGUCUUUCAGAUGGGGACUGCAGAUGCUGAGAGAGCCCUGGCAGUAGCCCGACUUGUAGAGAAUGACGUGGCUGGCAUCGAUGUCAACAUGGGAUGUCCCAAAGAAUAUUCCACUAAGGCAGGUAUGGGAGCAGCACUGUUGUCUGAUUCUGAUAAAAUAGAAUCUAUUCUCACUACCCUCGUCCAAGGAAUAUGUAAGCCAGUGACCUGCAAAAUCCGGAUCUUGCCAUCAACAGAAGAAACACUAAGUUUAGUGAAGAAGAUAGAGAAGACUGGAGUGGCUGCCAUUGCCGUUCAUGGAAGGAAGAAAGAAGAGAGGCCUCAGCAUCCCGUCCACUGCGACGUGAUCAAAGCCAUCUCGGAAGCCGUCUCUAUUCCGGUAAUAGCCAAUGGAGGCUCCCAUGACUUCAUCAAAGAACAUUCCGACCUGGAGGCCUUCCGGCAAGCAACGGCAGCAUCCUCUGUGAUGGUGGCUCGCGCGGCAAUGUGGAACCCCUCCAUCUUCCAGAAGGAAGGAUCCCGGCCCCUGAACGACAUCAUACAGGAAUACAUCAAAUACGCAGUGUGGUACGAUAACCAUUACACCAACACAAAAUAUUGUUUGUGCCAAAUGUUAAGGGAGCAGCUAGAAAAUGCACAAGGAAAGAAGCUGCAUGCGGCGCAGUCCUUGGAGGAAAUCUGUGAAAUAUUCGGAAUGAGUAGUUUUUACAAAGAAACGUCAGCCAUUCUAGAGGUCAAAAAAGCUUCAUUGGAAACAAAAGAUCGCAAUGAAGAUGACCAGAUGGAAGAUGCCGACGUCAUAAAGAUGGCAGUUAAAUUUGACAAGCGAGAAUAUCCCCCACAGAUUACGCCCAAAAUGUGUCUUUUGGAAUGGUGCAGGAAAGAAAAACACCCUCAGCCUGCAUAUGAAACGAUUGAAAGGCCGCUGGAUAGACUCUUCCGUUCCGUCGUCACAGUAGCCAAACAGAAGUACAGAUCAACCUUUUGGGAGAAGUCCAAGAAGCUGGCAGAACAAGCCGCUGCUAUCGUCUGCUUAAGGACCCUCGGCGUGCCAGAGGGGAAGUGGAGCGAAGAAGCCUGUCACCUUGCGAGCAAACGCAAGUGGCCCGACCAAGAACUUUUGUGCAAUGGAGGUCACAGAGAUGAGCUUGUCGGGGAGGCUACUUGCAAGAAGCCUCAUUUUAUUCCAGAAGCUUCGGACUCUGGUGUUUCCUAG